GGGAGGCGGCGGCGAAGCGCGGCGCUGGGCUUCUCCCGCGGGGAACGGGAAAGGCCGCGGCCGGCGGCGGUGUUCGGGCAGCCGCCGUCUCGACUUGCCGGGCUCCGGGUCCGGCUGUGGAGCCCGGGGCUGUGGCUGCCGGGCCGGGGCCGUGGCGUGCCCCGUGGCGGGCGGGCGAUCCGCGGUGCCGCCACCUUGCCUCCCCUCAACCCCCCUCAGCUCGCUCCUUCCGAAAAGGAGAAGAGAUUACGCCCGAAGUGCCCCUGGCGAAGAACGGACAUGCUUGACUGUUGUCUUCAGUCGCUUGUGUUGUGCUACGUUGUUUACCCAAAAAGGAGAGGCUGAGACCCUGUUAUUUUAAUCCUUGACUUCUUCUUUGGUUAUGAUAUAACUAAUAAUAAACCAAAAACUGCGGAAAGAACACUUGAGAACGGAGCAUGGUAGGAUCUUGAACAGAAGUCGCUGGUGUCAGGCAAAAGAGGAAGGGAAGGAAUGGCAUCCCGAGAGAGGCUGUAUGAGCUUUGGAUGCUUUACUGUAAUAAGAAAGAUCCAGAUUACCUGAAACUUUGGUUGGAUAGUUUUGUUUCUAGCUAUGAACAGUUUCUGGAUGUGGACUUUGAGAAACUGCCAACUAGGGUGGAUGACAUCCCUCCAGGAAUAUCACUGCUUCCUGACAAUAUUCUUCAGGUCCUUAGACUCCAGCUGCUGCAGUGUGUCCAGAAAAUGUCAGAUGGACUAGAAGAGCAGCAGCAGGCCCUGUCACUUUUGCUUGUGAAAUUCUUUAUCAUCCUUUGCAGAAAUUUGGCUAACGUGGAAGAGAUUGGAAUGUGUUCAUACAUUAACCAUGUUAUCACCAUGACUACAUUAUACAUUCAACAGUUAAAAAGCAAAACAAAAGAGAAAGAAAUGGCAGAUCAGACCCCAAUAGAAGAAUUCGUGAGACAUGCACUGGCUUUUUGUGAAAGUCUCUACGAUCCAUAUCGAAACUGGAGGCAGCGAGUUGCAGGACGUAUCCUAAGUACAGUUGAAAAGAGCAGACAGAAGUAUAAACCGGCUUCUCUCACGGUUGAGUUUGUCCCUUUCUUUUAUCAAUGCUUUCAAGAAAGUGAACAUCUCAAGGAAAGCCUGAAAUGUUGCCUGCUACAUCUCUUUGGAGCUAUUGUGGCUGGUGGUCAGAGGAAUGCUCUUCAAGCAGUAUCUCCCGCUACCAUGGAAGUCUUGAUGCGUGUUUUAGCAGACUGCGACAACUGGGAUGACGGGAGUCCUGAGGAAGUGAGCAGAAAGGCAGAGCUUACUCUGAAGUGCCUGACAGAAGUUGUCCAUAUCCUUCUUACCAGCAGUUCUGACCAGCGGCAAGUGGAGACCAGUACAAUAUUGGAGAACUAUUUCAAGCUGCUUAAUUCAGACCAUUCAGCUUUACCUAAUUCAAGGCGAUGUAGGCAGUGGGAGAGCAGGUUCAUAGCUCUACAGAUCCAAAUGCUGAAUACCAUCACAGCCAUGUUAGACUGCACAGAUAGGCCUGUUCUGCAGGCAAUUUUCCUUAACAGUAACUGCUUUGAGCAUCUCAUUCGACUGUUGCAGAACUGCAAGGUGUUUCAGGGACACCUAGACUGCUUGGCGGUAUCAACCAUUCAAGCCCUCACAGCAGUAAUGCUCAAGUCUCCAGCUGCUAAGGAGGUCUUCAAGGAGAGAAUUGGUUAUGCACAUAUAUAUGAGGUACUAAAAUCGCUGGGUCAACCCUCACGGGAAUUACUAGAAGAACUCAUGAAUAUGGCUGUUGAAGGUGACCACAUGGCUGUUGGGAUAUUAGGCAUUAGUAAUGUCCAGCCAUUAUUGCUGCUUAUCCAGUGGCUUCCAGAGCUAGAGUCACAUGACCUGCAGAUUUUCAUCUCAAAUUGGUUGAGGCAGAUCUGCUGUAUUAACAGACAGAGUCGUGCCACAUGUGUCAAUGCAAACAUGGUCAUCCGUAUCAUUGAGACAUUAAAUUCCCAUUCUGCACUCCACUGUACUUGUGCAGAGAACCUGAUUGCCCUUCUGGGCUCUUUGGGGAGCCAGUCAAUGGGAUCAGAAGAAUUGCUUCAGCUAAUACGGCUCCUGAGGACUGAGGAAGCAAGGCGGGCUCACCCUUAUGUUGUUCCAGUGAUGCGAGCCAUUCUGGCAAUGGCCCGGAAGCAAGGCAUGGCAAGUGCCUUGCAGUAUUUCAACUUGUAUCACAGUAUGGCAGGAAUUGCAGUUCCAUCAAUUCAGAAGUGGCCGGGAUCUGCGUUUUCUUUCAGUGCUUGGCUCUGCCUUGACCAGGACCAGGUGGACCCUAGCACAACUAGCAAAAACGGCAAGCGGAAGCAACUCUAUAGCUUUUUUACGGGAAGUGGUAUGGGUUUUGAAGCCUUUAUUACGUGCUCUGGGGUAUUGGUGGUUGCAGUUUGCACAAAGAGGGAAUAUACGACAGUGAUGCUUCCAGACCACUGUUUUUUUGACUCACUCUGGCACAACAUAACUAUUGUUCACAUGCCUGGAAAGAGGCCCUUUGGUCAGAGCCUUGUAUACAUCUAUGUCAAUGGACAGCAGAAGAUCUCUGCUCCACUUCGAUUCCCUGCCAUGAAUGAGCCUUUUACUACUUGCUGCAUUGGUUCAGCUGGCCAAAGAACAACAACUCCUCCUCCAUCUCAGAUACCAGACCCACCUUUUUCCUCCCCUAUCAUGCCCCAUCGUACGUCACUUGGGGGCAUUCUGUCUCCAGGAAGUUGGGGUGGAAUGCUUGCAAAACCGGAGCUCAUCACCAAGAUGAUCUCAGCAGGGACUCAGGAUAGUGAAUGGGGAUGUCCAACAUCUUUGGAGGGACACCUUGGAUCAGUUAUCAUCUUUCAUGAAGCACUGCAACCCCCUCAGGUGAAAGCAUUGUAUUUAGCAGGUCCAAACUGCUUAACUCCAUGGAAAUCUCAAGAGUCUGAAGUAGCAGACCUCCCCAGUAAGGUGUUGCUUCAUUACACACCAAAGGCGUGCAGAAAUCCAAUUUGUCUUGACCUGUCUGCUAAUCUCUUACAUGGAAGACUAACUGGAAACAAAGUAGUGAACUGGGACAUCAAGGAUAUGAUCAACUGCAUUGGUGGAAUAAAUGUGCUGUUUCCAUUGCUGGAGCAGAUCAGUUUCCUUGGUGGACAAGUGCCCGAGAAGUCUGAAGGGGAAACUCUACCAGCUCCAGAAGUAGUGACUCCUGUAGAGGGCGACUGGGUGGUAUUGGCAUCCACAAAGGCAUCAGAAGCACGGCUGGAGAAGAAUGUUGUUGCAACUUUCAUAUUGGUGAUAAAACACUUUAUUCAGAGGCAUCAUGUUAAUCAAGAAAAUAUGAUUCACUCCCAUGGAGUUGCCACCCUAGGAGCCUUGUUACAGAAGGUGCCAAGCAACUUAAUGGAUGUGAACGUACUGAUGGCUGUACAGCUGUUGAUAGAGCAAGUCUCAGUAGAAAAGAACAUGCAGCUUUUGCAACAGAUGUAUCAAUACUUACUUUUUGACUUCAGCAUCUGGAACAGUGGGGACUUCCCCUUCAGAAUUGGGCAUAUACAAUAUCUUUCUACAAUCAUCAAAGACAGCAGAAGGCUCUUCAGAAAGAAGUAUGGAGUACAAUUUCUUCUAGACACACUCAGGGUUUAUUAUGGGAGUGGCUGUAAAGACAGUGAUUUGGCUCCUGAUGACCUGAGAACAAUACGGACAUCCCUGUAUGGACUGAUCAAAUAUUUCCUAAGCAAAGGUGGAACACAUGAAGAAAUACAGAGCAUCAUAGGAUACAUAGCUGCCACCAGUGAAGAGGAACAGCUCUGUGGAAUUCUGGAUAUUCUCUUCAGCCUACUUCAUUCCAGCCCAACCCCAGACCAGCUUUUUUUACUGCUUUUUGAACCAGGAAAUGCUGAUAUUCUUUAUGCUUUGUUACUGCAUCAAAGAUACUCUGACCGGCUUAGAGAACUUGUGUUCAAGAUUGUGGAAGAGAUGCUGAAAUGUACUAAAGUUUAUGAACGCAGUAAGCACCGUAUGAGACUCAGAGAAGUGGGAUACUCUGGACUGGGACUCCUUCUGAAUGAAUCACCAGUUCCUGUUUCUCUCAUAAAAAACCUUCUUAACCAAGUUCUGUAUGCAGAUCCUGUUGUGAAUUGUAAAGAUCUCAUAGCUGUAGUGCAUCUGGCACAUAAAUCAGAUAUAAACAUGAGAGUGGUCAUCUGUAGAAAGGUUUUGCACCUUUUACAUUCCCAAUUGGAUGCAGCACAACAGAUUUCUCAGCAGCUAGGCUGGCAGGAUACUUUGGUUAGACUGUUCCUGAAAGAAAACUCUGAGGUCCGGAUUGGCUUUAGAGAGAACAGGGCUGAUUCCUCAAGGGAGGAGGAAAGAAAGCCUCCUGCUGAAGGUCUUCAGAGACAUCAUGCUGAUAAGAUGGAGGGAGAUAAAGCUGGUAGCUUUGCAUCUGUUAAUGGUUUGUUUGAUCAGUGGAGUUUAGAAGACGACAAAUCUUUGGAUGUCCCAGCUCAUUUCUCUGCUAUGCCUCUGGAAGAUGCAUCCACAGGAGAGAUGUCUUUUAGGUCAGAGGACCAAGAAGAAUUGUGGCACAGUAAUCCUUCACAUCUGAGUUUAGAUCUGUCCAGUGUUGACUCUUAUGAACUGGCUGACGGGAAUCAGAUGACAGAUAGCCUGUCCAGCACACCGUCGCCUAUAGAGAGCACAAAACCAUUUUCUGGACAGUCUGACAAAGAUCUGGGUGUCAUAAAUGAUGUGGGCUUCAGUGCUGAUCUAUCCUUAUUUGAAAACCAAGGAGGAGGUGAUAAUGAACUGAUACAGUUACUUACAGACAUCCUACUGUGUAUAAUGUGGAAAGGCAUUGAAAGAUCUGAUGAUGAUGCUUGGAUUGAGAGAGGACAGGUAUUUUCUGCACUGACCAAACUGGGAAUAUCUAAUGAGUUGUUGCGACCAUCUGAUGAAAUAAAACUCAACCUGUUGGAGAAGAUGUUAGAAUGGUCAGUCACUGAUAACAGAGAUUCAAAAGCUCUCCCUACACACGCUGAAAAUGCCUUCCGGCUCUUACUAAUUGUACAAGAUUUCCUGCAGGCAGAGGGACUAGUUAAUUCAAACUUGUGGACAGAAAAGCUCUUGGAGGAGUUAGUGACUCUCAUGGAUAGCCUGUCAGUCUGGUACUCUGCUGGCCCAGAAGCAACCUGGCUUUCACAGGUGCAAGUCCAGUUACUCCUUGGAUUCAUUGCACAAGACAACUUACAGGUCUGUGCUAUGGCAGCAGCCAAACUAAACACCCUUCUUCAGACUAAAGUAAUAGAGAGCCAACCUGAAGCAUGCUACCUCUUGGGGAAGCUGGAGGGCAUCUUGAGUAGAUCAAUAGAAGAGAAAACAGAAACGUAUUCAUUUUUGAUUCCCCUUGUUCGGACGCUGGUAUCCAAAAUUUAUGAACUUCUCUUCAUGAAUCUGCAUCUCCCUUCUUUGCCUCCUACCAAUGGCAGCCCCUCUUUCUUUGAGGACUUUCAAGAAUACUGCCGCUCUGAUGAGUGGCAAGUUUACAUUGAUAAAUAUAUUAUUCCAAAUAUGAAGCAGUAUGAAGAGAAUUCAUUCAGACAUGGUCAUGAGCAGAUGGCACUUUAUUGGAAAGAUUGUUAUGAAGCGUUUAUGGUGAACAUGCAUAAACGAGAUCGGGAGAGAGGAGAAAGCAAGCUUAAAUUUCAGGAGCAUUUUGUGGAACCAUUCAGCAGAAAGGCUCGACAGGAAAAUCUGCGGUACAACAGUAUGCUAAAGCAACUUAAUAGUCAGCACACAGCUACUCUGAGACAGUGGAGAGCAGCCCAGCUUUACUUGCUCUCUGAACGUGGCCCUUGGUCAGAAAUGAAACAGCAUCCUAUCCACUGGAAACUUUCAAAUGUGGAAAAUUUUUCACGUAUGAGACUAAAACUAGUGCAGAAUUACAACUUCAACUCUCAUCAGGAUGCUAGUGACCUGAGAGAUAAUUUAGGUGUGCACCAGAUACAGCCCUCUAGUGAGUCUCUACUUCUGGAAGUGGUAAAGCAGGUGAAAGUGAGUGACUUGGAAGAUGAUGUACUUGAACUACCAGAGGAAGACACAACAGCCAGUUCCAGUAUGGAUGAGAAGGAUGAGCAGAGUCAGAAAGAAAAGCUAGUAUUGUCUGAAGACUGUGAACUCAUUACGAUAAUUGAUGUGAUACCUGGCAGACUGGAGAUCACUACCCAGCACAUCUAUUUCUUUGAUGGUAGCCUUGAAAAAGAGGAAGGGGUUGGUUUUGAUUUCAAAUGUCAUCUUUCUCAAAUUCGAGAGAUACAUUUGCGUCGGUACAACCUGAGGAGGUCGGCUUUGGAGAUCUUCCUUAUGGAUCAAACCAACUACUUCCUCAACUUCAAUAAGGAGGUAAGAAACAAAGUAUACAGUCGAAUAUUGUCGCUGCGCUCUCCAAAUAUUUCUGGAACCAGAUCUCCACAGGAACUCUUUAAAGCUUCAGGUUUGAUGCAGAAAUGGGUGAAUAGAGAAAUAUCCAAUUUCGACUACCUUAUUCAGCUGAACACAAUGGCAGGACGAACUUACAAUGACCUUGCUCAAUAUCCUGUGUUCCCCUGGAUUUUACGAGAUUAUACUUCAGAAGAACUGGACCUGAAUAACCCAGCAGUCUUUAGAGAUCUGUCCAAGCCCAUAGGGGUGGUAAAUGAGAAGAAUGCUAAGGCUGUAAAAGAGAAAUAUGAGAAUUUUGAGGAUCCCCUUGGGAUGAUUGACAAAUUUCACUAUGGAACACACUACUCAAAUGCUGCUGGUGUCAUGCAUUACCUCAUUCGGGUAGAACCUUUCACAACACUUCAUAUCCAACUUCAAAGUGGCAGGUUUGACUGUGCUGAUCGACAGUUCCACUCUAUUCCUGCUACCUGGCAGGCACUCAUGGAUAACCCCAAUGAUGUGAAGGAACUUAUACCAGAGUUCUUCUACUUCCCAGAAUUCCUGGAGAAUCAAAAUGGCUUUAACUUGGGUCAGCUUCAAAUAUCCAAAGAAGUGGUAAAUGAUGUUGUUCUCCCCAAAUGGGCCCACUCUUCAGAAGACUUCAUUUGUAAACAUAGGAAGGCUCUGGAAUCUGAGUAUGUUUCUGCUCAUCUUCAUGAAUGGAUAGAUUUGAUUUUUGGCUACAAGCAGAGGGGACCAGCUGCAGUGGAAGCGCUCAAUGUGUUCUAUUAUUGUACCUAUGAAGGGGCUGUGGAUUUGGAUGCUUUAACAGAUGAAAAAGAAAGGAAAGCUUUAGAAGGGAUGAUAAACAAUUUUGGGCAAACUCCCUGUCAGCUGUUAAAGGAGCCCCAUCCUCAAAGGCUGUCGGCAGAAGAGGUAGUGCAAAGACUAACUAAAAGUGAUACCUCUACUCUGAAUCUCUUCCAGCACCUCACUGAACUGAAGUCAUUCUUCGUAGAGGGAAUCAGUGAUGGUGUCCCCAUUGUCAAAGCUGUUGUCCCCAGGAAUCAGUCACGUUCCUUUAUGUCUCAGGGAAGCCCAGAGAUCUUGGUAACAGCGAGUCUGAAUUGCGUUAUUGGAACCCAUGGUUGGCUACCUUACGAUAAAAACAUCUCCAACUAUUUUACAUUCAUCAGAGAUACCACGGUGACAAAUCCCAAAACGCAGCGCAGCAUGAGUGGUCCUUUUGCACCUGGGCUGGAGAUCACCUCUAAGUUGUUUGCAGUAUCUCAUGAUGCAAAACUCCUCUUUAGUGGAGGACACUGGGACAAUAGCAUCAGAGUGACAUCUCUUACGAAAGGAAAGCUGAUUGGACAGCACAUCAGGCACAUGGAUAUUGUGACCUGCUUGGCAAUAGAUUACUGUGGAAUCCAUUUAAUUUCAGGCUCCAGAGAUACUACCUGUAUCAUAUGGCAAAUAGUUCAGCAGGGAGGAGUGCCUGUCGGCCUGGCACCUAAGCCAUUACAGAUCCUUUAUGGGCAUACUGAUGAAGUUACGAGUGUUGGCAUCAGCACUGAACUGGACAUGGCAGUGUCAGGAUCCAAGGAUGGGACAGUUAUUAUGCGCACUAUUCGGAAAGGUCAGUACAUGAGAACUUUGCGACCACCUUGUGAGAGUUCCCUCCUGCUGACUGUUCCCAAUCUGGCUGUGUCCUGGGAAGGCCAUAUAGUUGUCCACACUAGCAUAGAAGGAAAGACCACUCUUAAGGAUAAGAAUGCGUUACAUCUCUAUUCUGUCAAUGGAAAGCAUCUGAGUUCUGAGACUCUGAAGGAGGAAGUGUCAGAUAUGUGUGUGACUGGCGAGUAUAUUGUGAUGGGCAGCUUACAAGGAUUUCUUUCCAUACGGGAUCUGUACAGCCUGAAUCUGAGCAUCUCCCCGUUAGCCAUGCGACUGCCAAUUCAUUGCAUUUCUGUCACUAAAGAGUAUAGCCACAUCCUUGUUGGCUUGGAGGAUGGCAAGUUGAUUAUCGUUGGUGUUGGCAAGCCAGCAGAGGUAAAACCCACCAUCAAGAACUUUUUCUACCGAACAGUGGGAAGUUCACUUAUUUCUGCUUUCCAGCUGAGCAAGAGGUCUCCUCUAUGGCAGGAUGCGCUCAGGUCAGCUUUCCCGAAAGCUGUGGGGAUCAAGCAAACGGCUCAGCCAGAUUUCGUCAGGAGAGACUGAAUAUAACACUCAAGAUUCCAAGUGAUUGCUGCUUCUACCUUCUCUCAUGGAUGCCAGAAACAUAUUUAAUCUUUUGGUCACUUUAAAUGUAUAUCUCAGCUUUCAGGGGCUCUACUGUUAAGAGUCUGUUGAAGACGAACCUAUGGUAGAGGUUUAGUAAUAAGCAUAUGUACCCAUGCAAGUUAGCUUGCUUGCACAUUUUUCCUUAACUGUGUUGAUUUGGUCACAAAAAAAUCCCUCUCUAAACAGCUGCUAAAACAGUGUUUCAGGAAAACAAAAAACCUAAACACACAAACCAAAAACACCAGACCUCCAAACCCAAGCUUGCUAAUUGAAUUUAAGUACCAUUUGAUUUAAAGAUGAAUAGGGCCAGAUGCUCCUUGAUCACAAGAAAGAUAUUUGGCAUUGCUUUCACAGCACUGUAAUUCCCCAACAGUCUGUCUAAAAUUGUCUGUUGCAGUGGUCUGAUUCAAAACUGGGAUAGCUGACAAUUAUGACCUUUUCAGUAUGUUUUUUAGACCAAUGAACAACUUAUUGUGAUUUGUUCCUGUAAAUGCCUAUUGCUAUCUUCCUUUAUGUAGUUCCAGUUUUAGGCUGUUCUACAAGGAACAUCUGUGUUGCACUACUUGAUUAUCAGAAAUUCUUUAAAGUACAGACAUUAAUAACUUCAAAGAAGUUGAAGGUGGUGAAGGAGCAGAAGGAGGUAGGAAAUACUUGCUGCUGAAAAUUAUUUAUAUUAAGUAGACUAAGAUGCACACUAAGAAAUCCCAUAAUAUAGUUACUAUCUUGAAGAAAUAAGAGGAAAAAUCACAUAUCCCUGUUGGUCAAAGAUCUAUCCUCUUCAUUAGUAAGGCAACAAAUUUUCACUGCAAAAUCAUUUAAACAACACUGCAGGACAACUUAGUGGAAAAGCACCUGUUUGUUUCUUGGCUUGGUAUUCACCAAACCAGUUGUUGUCCAUAUUUUUAUUUCUGUAAAACAAGCAGGAAAACAGAUGAUGUAUCCAUUUUCAAGAUGUGUUUAAUAACUGGGAGAAGAAAAUACCAGAUCAUUACAUGCUCUAUACACAACAAAAUAGUUAUGGAUUUGUUGCUAUAUUUUGGAAAAGCCAUUACUGAAUGUUUUUUUGUUAAGUAAUAAUUGAUGUUAGAAGGGAUUGUGUUUUCCUGUCAUGCUGGCGUUUUUAUAAUGUUAGUGAUUUAAGUUAUAAACCCAAUACUGCUGGAAAAGCCUGGUGCUGAGUGAAAAAUAUGAUUUUUUUGACUGGUGUGCAAAGGUAUGUGUGUAUAUGUGUCUAUGUAUAUAUAUGUAUAUACAUGUAUGUAUGUCUAUUAAAAAGAGAAGAUAUUCCCCUUGCAUCUUUUGGGGUAAGGGCAGUAUAAAUAUAAGGCAGAGCUCUAAUUGAUUGCUAGCUAGUAUAUUCCCUUUUGGCUACCCAUCUCUUCCCUCUGCCAUCACUUUUUUGUGUUAUUUUUAUUUAUUUAUGGACGUGAACGUGUUGUACCUCCUAUAAAGGUUAUCAGAUAUUCCCUGUGACUGGGGACCCGUUGAACUACCUGAGAACUCCAUUAUGUAUAAUCUCAUUUCAUUAACUUUUGGCAUAAUAUUUGUUAUCUUUAUAGAAAUAAAGUUAAUUCUUGCCCCCUGGAAAAAAGAUAAUCUUUAAAAGUCCAAUUAGUUUCACGAAAACUGUUUCCUCUUCCUCCUCUUAAUGACUGAUUGUGUGCUCUGUAAAGAAAGCUGUGUUGUUUUUUCUUUUGUAAAUGAAAUAGUAAAUCAGCCUUGUGAACAAGUGGGUCUAUCCAUAGUUGCAAUAUUCAAACUAAUCACUGUGACAGACUGGAUUGUCUGAUUGUCAGGAGAAAAUCAGAAUAAUUUCCCUGAGUUGCUUGCCAAGAGAGCAUUAAUAUUUCCAAAAGCAAAGUGAAAUACUGUUUUUAAUCACUUGUAUAUCGAAUGAGAAUACUAAGGAUAUUCUGGAAGUAUUAAAUGUGUAUAUGAGAAUG